AUGGCGCGACAGACUGCCGAAGCCGGGAUGGUCAAAGGUGCAAAAGUUAAAAAGCAAAGAAAGAAGAAAAACAAGGAGAACAAAACAAGAAUCGUCCACGCAAACAUACUGUAUGACCAUUCCAAAGGAGAGGAAAAUCCCAAUCGACACUAUGCAAACAAUAAGAUAAAAACGACAAAAUACACGGUUCUGUCUUUUCUGCCGAAGAAUCUUUUUGAGCAGUUCCACAGGUUUGCCAAUGUUUACUUUGUUUUCAUCGCCUUGCUGAAUUUUGUGCCGGUUGUCAAUGCAUUUCAACCAGAACUUGCAUUGGCGCCGGUAGUCUUCAUUUUAUCUGUCACUGCCAUCAAAGAUCUAUGGGAGGACUACAGAAGACACAGAUCGGAUAAAGAAAUAAAUCACAUGGACUGUCUAGUCUACAGCAGACUGGAAAGACGCUAUGUGGAGAAAUACUGGAAGGAGGUGCGGGUGGGAGAUUUCAUCAGGCUGCGUUGUAAUGAGAUCCUUCCAGCCGAUGUUCUGUUGCUGAGCUCCAGUGACCCGGAUCGCUUGUGCCACAUUGAGACUGCCACGCUGGACGGAGAGACCAACCUGAAGCAGAGGCAGGUCGUCCGCAGCUUCUUUGACCUGGACUGUGACUUUGACCCUUUAAAGUACAACUCCAUCAUUGAAUGUGAAAAGCCCAACAAUGAUUUGAAUAGAUUCAGGGGUUACAUAAUCCAUCGAAGCGGCAGAAGAGAUGGACUGUACAAAGAAAACCUACUGCUGAGAGGUUGUACCAUUCGCAACACGGAGGAGGCACUGGGAAUAGUCAUCUACGCAGGUCAUGAGACGAAAGCCAUGCUGAACAACAAUGGCCCACGCUACAAGCGCAGUAAAUUGGAGAGGCAAAUGAACGUAGAUGUGUUCUGGUGUGUCAUCAUCCUGUUGGUCAUGUGCCUGUUUGCUGCCAUCGGUCAUGGGCUAUGGAUGUUUCAGUAUGGAGAUAAGAGGCCUGUAUUUGACGUUCUUAGUCCUGAAGGGACUGACUUAUCACCUGUCUUAUCGGCUGUUUAUCUCUUCCUCACUAUGAUCAUCGUCUUUCAGGUGUUGAUACCCAUCUCCCUUUUUGUGUCAAUUGAGAUUGUCAAGAUCUGCCAAGUGUACUUCAUCCAUCAGGAUAUGGAUCUAUACGACGAGGAGACAGAUUCUCACCUGCAGUGCAGGGCUCUUAAUAUCACUGAGGAUCUUGGCCAGAUGCAAUAUAUCUUCUCUGACAAGACAGGCACUCUGACAGAGAACAAGAUGGUAUUCCGGCGCUGUACUGUGGCUGGGGUGGAGUACUCCCAUGAUGCCAAUGCUAGGAGACUGGCUAUGUACCAAGAGGUGGAUUCUGAGGAGGAAGAGUGCAUGUCCCAUGGUGGCACCCUGCCAAGAAGGGAUAGCGUGACUAGCCACCAGAGUGCCAGGGUGGUACUGCGCUCCCAGAGCACCAAGUCCCACCGCAGGACAGGCAGCAGGGCCGAGGCAAAACGAGCCAGUAUCCUGUCCAAGCACACAGCUUUCAGCAGCCCCAUGGAGAAAGAUAUUACCCCUGACCCUCAGCUCCUAGAUAAAGUCAAUGAAUGCAGCAGCCAAAUGGACUUCAUGCGUUUCCACAGCCAGCCUAUAUCACAACUGCCUACUGACCUCUCAGACAUCAUGGAUUUCUUCAUAGCCCUCACUAUCUGCAACACUGUGGUGGUGUCAUCGCCCAACCAACCCAGGCAGAAGGUCAGGAUGAGAUUUGAGCUUAAGUCCCCAGUGAAAACCUUUGAGGACUUUAUCAAACGCUUCACCCCCAGCCGACUAACAUCCGGCUCCAACAACAGCAGUUCCUCCAGCCUCAUCACCAACCGCUCCUCCAACAGAGGCUGCUCUAGUGCUCUGUCCUCCCCUUCGGCUGAGAGCACCCUCACCAAGCUGGAUGAGGUGCGGCCUGCUGGGGGCUUAGAGAAUGCCUUCAGUCCCACCCCCCCUUGUUAUGAAGGCAAAACAUGGGCCAUGGAGGAAGGUGAGUUGCGCUAUGAAGCUGAGUCACCUGAUGAGGCUGCUUUGGUUUAUGCCGCCAGGGCCUAUAAGUGCUCCCUUGUGGGACGCCUGCCUGACCAGGUGACUGUGGAACUGCCCCAUUUGGGCAAGCUGAACUUUGAGCUACUGCACACGCUGGGCUUCGACUCCACCAGGAAACGCAUGUCUGUGGUGGUUAGACACCCUCUGACUGACCAGAUCACUGUCUAUACGAAAGGAGCAGACUCUGUCAUCAUGGACCUCAUUAAACCCCCUGCGACAGAUCAUUCCAAAGGGAGACAGCAAAGAAAGGUUCUCUACAAGACACAAAAUUACCUGAACCUUUAUGCUGCAGAUGGCCUCCGAACACUAUGCAUUGCCAAAAAGAUUCUGAGUAAGGAUGAAUAUGCAGGCUGGCUGCAAUGCCAUCUGGAGGCAGAGACAGCCAUCCAGGGGAGAGAGGAAUUACUCUUUCAGUCAGCUCUGCGACUGGAGACAAACCUCCAACUUCUGGGAGCCACCGGCAUUGAGGACAGGCUACAGGAUGGUGUGCCCGAAACCAUAGCCUCGCUGCGGAAGGCGGGGCUGCAGAUAUGGGUACUGACAGGUGACAAACAGGAGACCGCUGUCAAUAUUGCUUAUGCCUGCAAGCUGCUGGACCCCGAGGAGGAAAUCAUCACCCUUAACGCUGAUUCCCAGGAGGCAUGUGCAUUGCUGCUGGAGGAGAGUUUACACUACAUCCAAGCCAAAUUCCUCUGCGGCUCUGCGGACCAGGCUGCCAAGGCCUUCCACAGUGAUUUUGCGGCCUUUGAGAUCUACACUUCCUCAUCUCCCAACUCCUCUACCCACACGGCUUCCUUCAUGGUACACCGGCUGGGCUUGGUGAUUGAUGGGAGGACCUUGGCGUAUGCCCUGGAUAAAAGCCUGGAGGAUAAGUUUCUAGCUGUCGCUCGGAGCUGCCGGUCAGUGCUUUGCUGCCGCUCCACACCGCUGCAGAAGAGCAUGGUGGUCAAACUGGUGCGAAACAAGUUGAAGGUCAUGACUCUGGCGAUAGGUGAUGGCGCUAAUGAUGUCAGCAUGAUCCAGGUGGCUGACGUGGGUGUGGGGAUCUCAGGACAGGAAGGCAUGCAGGCAGUGAUGGCGAGUGACUUUGCUCUUCCACGAUUUCAGUACCUACAGAAGCUUCUGCUGGUCCAUGGCCACUGGUGCUACUCUCGACUGGCUAACAUGAUUCUGUACUUCUUUUACAAGAAUGCUAUGUUUGUAGCCCUUAUCUUCUGGUAUCAGUUCUACUGUGGAUUCUCAGGUUCAGCCAUGAUUGACCAAUGGUAUCUUAUCUUCUUCAACCUGAUGUUUUCUGCCUUCCCACAACUCAUCACUGGCACACUGGACAAAGAUGUGUCAGCAGAGACUCUCCAGCAACUACCUCAACUCUACAUGAAUGGGCAGAACUCAGAGGAAUACAAGCCAUAUAUGUUCUGGAUGAAUAUGAUCGAUGCCUUCUACCAAAGCCUGGUCUGUUUCUUCAUUCCUUACUUUGCCUAUGCUGACUCUGAUGUGGAUAUGUUUACAUGGGGAACUCCCAUUACUACCAUAGCCUUGUUCACCAUACUGGUACACUUGGGCAUUGAAACCAAAACCUGGACCUGGAUAAACUGGGUUUCUAUUACCUUCAGCAUAGCCUUGUUCUUCACGGUGGCUCUGUGUUAUAAUGGCUCCUGUCCAACCUGCUACUCCCCCUCCAACCCUUACUGGACCAUGCAAAGGCUGCUUCAAGAUCCCAUGUUCUACCUGCUCUGUGGCAUCACCCCUGUCACAUCAAUUUUGCCCAGAUACUUCUACAGGGCGUGUCAAGGCAUCCUGUUCCCCAGCUCUGUCCAAGUUGGAAGGCAGUUGGAUAAACUCCCUGGCGAAACUCGCAGGAACAUCCUUAGCCUGAGCAGGAUCAAGGUGGGGUCACAGCUUGGCCUUAAGCCUUCUUUCCUGUCCUUCAUCAAGCCUGCCCCAAAAGGUUGCAGUCAAAGAGGCCAACAGAGCUUUACCAACUCUAAGACACCACAGGGUUGUCAGGGGUCAGCCUUACGAGUGGAUGAUGCCAGCAAUCCCCAUUGCAAGGGCCAGAGGAGUCCACCGGUGUUCAGAGACAGUGAAAAUGGCCCCCCAGAUCCCUACACUUUAACUUCUACAGAAACAGACACUCUUCCUUACACCAAAGAAGCUCCUCAGCUCAUGCAGGAGUCCCAACCAACUCCCACCAAGGACUCUGAAUGUCUUGAUAAGGCUUUCGAUCCAUCAGAUCUGAGCCUGUCCCGCUGGGUCACCUCUACCCCAGUCCUCACACAAAAGGAUAGUGUACAACUGACAUUGCCCCCUACUGGGGGGUCCCAGUGUGUCACCUACACGAGGAACCCAGAGUUGAAAUCGAGGCAUGAUCACACCGAUCACCCCACACUGAGGACAGAAGAGCAGGUUGUAAACCGUUCCAAAGAGCACUCGCUCCAAACUAUCUUAUGA